AUGCGGCUCAUUAACGCCAAGACGCUGCAGUUGCAGGAGUUCUUCGCAGACAGACCAAACUAUGCCAUCCUGUCGCAUACUUGGGGCGUGGAAGAGGUCACUUACCAAGACAUGCAGGCCGACAGGGCCCUUAUUCAACACAAGACGGGCUGGAAGAAGAUCGAGGGCUGCUGUGCCUUGGCUCUCAGAUGUGGCUUCAACUGGGUGUGGAUCGAUACCUGCUGUAUCGACAAGACAUCGAGCGCGGAACUUUCAGAGGCCAUCAAUUCCAUGUUCCAAUGGUAUCGACAAGCCAACGUCUGCUUCGUCUACAUGAUUGAUGUUCCGCGUCUGGCGUGCGCGCCAUUACUGACGUUUCACAAUAUCGGCAACUUUCAGUCCGACCUUGCCAGCUCGGUGAAGGAAGACAAAACGACGUUCAUGAGAAGCCGUUGGUUCACCCGCGGCUGGACGCUCCAAGAGCUUCUCGCCCCGCCCCUCGUCGAAUUCUACACGUCGGAUUGGUCGUACAUCGGUACAAGAAAAGAUCUUGCCGACAUAAUCGAGGAGCAAACAAAGAUCAGCAAGGACGCCCUCAAGUUCAAGAACUUGGCGCGAUUCUCCGUGAGGACGAAGAUGCAGUGGGCCGCAGACAGACAAACGACGCGCGUCGAAGACAUUGCUUACUGUCUCUUGGGGAUCUUCGACAUCAACAUGCCGCUGCUCUACGGGGAAGGCAACCGAGCCUUCCGUCGACUCCAGGAAGAGAUAUUGAAGACCACCGAGGACUACAGCAUCUUUAUUUGGUCGUCAACCGGUCUCCGAACUAGGGUCGAACCGGGGCACGCGCCGGCACUUGCAAGCCAACCUGCGGAUUUUGAAGUCUUGAGACUCGAUGCAACGCACGUCCCGAAACACACGACGCAUGAUAACCUCAAGGGAUCUGCCCGCCAGAUAACCAUCAUCGCUUCCAAGAAGCCAAAAGACCUCUUAAUAACUGAAUCCCAUACUGGUAUAGGAGAGCCCUUUUCUCGUGCAUUUACCAGCAGCAAGGAGGCUUAA